AUGGAUGCUACCAAGAAGAACGAGCAAAACAACACCGAGUCGGAGGAGUAUAAGCUUAGAUUGAACUUCGGUGCUGAGAAGGAAAAGCAGAUCAUGAAUCAGAUCAGAAAAAACACACAGCAGAAGUACAACUCUGUCAUGGGAACAUCUAUGAUGGGCGGAAUGUUUGAGUUUGCUUUUAGAAAGAACUAG